CUUUUUCUUUCCCCUACUUCCUCACCUUUCUGCUUUCUCCAUAGUCGUACAACAAGCACAUUUCCCUCCUCUCUCUAACACAUGCUCUUUUUGAAGAUAUUUUUUUGCCACCAUCGUUGUGGUGGCUCUUAGGAGAAGAAAGACCCAACCCAUGUUUCUUCCCAUCUGGGUCACCUCAAUCUCAACCAAAGUUUGCAUCUUUACCCCAUUUUCCAUCCUCACAAGAAAAAUUUCAUGAAGACAUGGAGGCAAUGAAGUCAAUGAAGAAGGAAGCAAUAUUCUUCAUGGCACAGAACAACAAUGAGAGGAAGAAGAAUGGCUCAGUGAAAGAAGAAAUGAGAGUUGAGGAAUGGGAAAUGAGGCCAGGAGGAAUGUUGGUUCAGAAGAGCAGCAACAAUUCCCAUCCUCUCCCAAUUGUUCCCUUGAUCACAGUCAAAGUCAAAUUUGGCUCUUCAUAUCACAAUGUCUCCAUCAGUUCCCAAGCAAGCUUUGGGGAGCUGAAGAAAAUGCUGGCAGGGGAAACAGGAGUCCACCCAGAAGACCAGAAGCUGAUGUACAAGAAGAAAGAGAGGGAUUCCAAGGCUUAUUUGGAUGUUGCCAGGGUGAAAAAUGGAUCCAAGAUUGUUCUAAUUGAGGACAUCACCAGCAGGGAAAGACGUUGUUUGGAGAUGCUUAAGUCAUCUAGAUUGCACAAGGCUUCCAAAUCCAUUGACCACAUCACCACAGAGGUCAACUCACUGGUUCACAAGGUGACAUCCCUGGAAGCAACGAGUGGUAAAGGUGGGAUAGUUGCUGAAAAGGACAUAGAUGAUUUGACAGAAGGUUUGAUGUCCAAAUUGGUGGAGUUGGAUGGGGUUUUGGUGGAUGGAAGCUUGAAGUUGCAGAAAACAACUCAGGAAAGGAGGGUUCAGAAGCACAUUGAGAUUCUUGAUAUGUUGAAGCUGGAGAUUGGAUCUUCAAGCAAUGGAAGCAGCAAAGUUGGGAACUUGGAAGCAGAAACAACAACAAAGCAGAAGCAGGAACAGCAGCAGCAGAAAGUUGAGGCCAAAGCAAAGGAUGUGACAGUUCUUCAAUUGCCAGUAGUAAAGCAGUGUGAUGCAGUUGUGGUGACAACGAAAUGGGAGACUUUUGAUUAACUUGAAGACAAAGGGAGCUGCCAGAUUACCAAAAGGGUCCAGAAUUUCAUCAGAAAGCUCAGAGUUCGGUUUCUUGUUUCUAGAAGGCCUAGCUAAGCUAAAUCAAAGUCUCACAGAAACAUGUGGUGGAGUUCAGAUGACAGAUGGCUAAUACUCCAGAUUAUUCCUUUUAGCUACAGAAAGAAGAAGGGUAAGAUAUGACUGGUUGAGUUUUUCGCUUUUCCACUCUUAAGUAUUUGUCUUCCUGUCAAAUGGGUCCAAAGUUGCAAAAUUUACUAUAAAGAGUACAAUGCAUACAUUAUUAUAGCAUGUAAAAGACUAAAUCUGAUUCCUCCACUCUUCUUCAUGUAAAAAUCUUUAGGUUAGUUGUGUUCCUCAUAAGAAAACAA